UCUGAUUGGGCAUCCCUAGGAAACUGAACGAAAUGGAGAUUACAGUACUGAAGAAGCGUCAUUUCGUGUUAACCCCCUGAAUAUUAUUUAAUACCCGGUGUUUACGGUUAGACGAGCUGUCAGAAUGUUAUUGCGUAGACAGACCAGACAGUUCCGACGCAAGUAAAUAUUGAGUCUUGUUGUCACGUGAAGUACCUAAACAUUUCAAGUGGUGUUGUUUUGUUUUCAUUUUGCUUUCGGACAUCGUAAAGACAUGGAGUUGCUGGAAAACUUUCGAUUUACGGCCUUCACUGACAGGAAUGUGCUCCAAGACAUGCAAGUCUUGGAGAAUAAGCCAGAGAUGGAAGAAUGCACACCUGAACCGAUGGACACUUCUGAAGUGCAGUACAACUGGUUUUAUCUUGCUGAGUGUGGACAGUGGCAUAUGUUUGAGAUGCUGGAGGACAUCACUUUCAGGGACAGAGAGGCUGAUCCAGCUGGGGGUUGCUGCAUUGAUAGUGAAGAGGUUGAAAAACGUUACUUGAAAAAUCCACGUGACUCUUUCACAUUUUUUACACAGAAGUUUUGCUACAAAUUAGAUUUUGCAGAAAUGAAACAAACAAAUUUAAUAACUGGAAAGCAACGACCAGUGAAACGUGCCCCACCUUCUGCAACAGCUGUAAGGUACAUUUGCGAUAAUCGAUCUAUUCCUUUACCUCAACACUGGGAACAAGUGGAUUCAGAUAAGCCUUAUAAGCUUAUUCAGUUGCCCAGAAUAACAAAUGAAUACAAUGAAGUUGCUAGCCUCUUUGGCAGAACUAUGGAUCCGAGCAGAAUAAGUUGUGUUCACAGGAUUCAGAAUUUGGAUCUCUGGGAAUUUUAUUGCAGGAAAAAGGCUCAGCUGAUGAAGAUCAGGGGUGUCUCCGAUAUCCGUGAAGAGAUGCUUUUCCAUGGCACAAGCUUUGAAUUUGUGGAUGCAAUAUGUUGCAGUAAUUUUGACUGGAGGUUAAAUGGAGCAAAUGGUACAGCAUAUGGAAAAGGUAAGGCUGCCAGGCAUUUAAUUAACACUAUAUACCAAAGACUAAAGACUACUAUUGUCAGUAAAACUUAA